CUUUCUCAAUGACCCACCCCCUGAAUUUCCUUUUUAGCAUUGCACAAUUGGGUCUCAGGUUUGUCUUAUUUCUUGAGUUGAUCAUAUUCCUCGGACCCUACCCCGGGAUCGCCAAUCCCCACCGUCCUCGGAGCGAGCGGACCAAUCAGCGACCACCUCCGAUAAAUAUUCAUGAUUCCCCGAUUCAAACCUUUGAGCGAGUUUGUGUGGAUCCACUGCAUCACACCUAGACUUUUCACAGAGCCAAACUACAUUUUCUUAUGAAUGGAAAGUGAAAAAAUCAGUUGAGCUUAAAUUGGGAUCCAUCCUUCACUGAGAUCGUAGAAGAAAACAAAAAAAGCAGGAGAGAGGAGAGACUCGUCCCCGAAGACAUGACAAUGACUACAAUACCAGAGAGUCUAAACAGCCCCGUCUCAGGGAAGAACGUUUUCAUGGAAUUUGGGCCACCAAGUCAACAAAUGUCGCCUUCCUCCAUGUCUCACGGACAUUACUCAAUGCACUGUUUACACUCAGCCGGCCAUCCUCAGCACGACAGCUCGUACAGCCCCGCUCCGUCCUUCCCCAGAUCGCUCGGUUACCCAUAUGUCAACUCAGUCGGCAGCCAUUCCUCCAGCCCGUACCUCACCACUGUUCAGACGUACCAAAACAGCACGGCGCUGUCGCAGACGCGGUUAGAGGACUCAGCGCCAGAAGCAGAGAAGAACACGGUGGUGGAGGGAGGUGAGGUCCGCUUCAACGGGAAAGGCAAGAAGAUCCGCAAGCCGCGCACCAUCUACUCCAGCCUCCAGCUGCAGGCGCUCAAUCGCCGCUUCCAGCAGACGCAGUAUCUGGCGCUGCCCGAGAGAGCCGAGCUGGCCGCCUCGCUGGGACUCACUCAGACCCAGGUGAAGAUCUGGUUUCAGAACAAGCGGUCCAAGUUUAAGAAGCUGAUGAAGCAGGGCGGCGGGGCGAUGGACACCAGCGCGCUGACUAACGGUCGUGGACUGUCCACUGGCUCUCCGUCCGCGGCUCCGGUCUGGAGCUCCACUGCGCCCGUGAAGACCUCCGUGGGCUCGGCGGGCUCCUACAUUCCCAGCUACACGUCGUGGUACCCCACAGCGCACCAGGACUCCAUGCAGCAGCCGCAGCUGAUGUGAAGCGAGCCCGGCCCUCCUCCACCUCCUCCUCCUCUAGCCCCGGGACAGGCAGCUCGGAUAGCCCAAGCAGCCCAGAGAGCCCGGAGAGCCCGGAGCCAGGCCUGCACCCCAACCCAAAACACACAUACUGACACACAGCCGGCCACUGCGGCUCUCCAGCAGAGCCCCCCGCCUCACAUCCACUGCAGAACUGCCGUACGAGUGGGUCACACCGAGCUGCUGCUGCUCCCUCUCUCUUUUGUACCUGACAUUGUACUGUGUGUAAAGAAAAACUUAUAUAAAGCUGUAACGAGUCUAAAAAACUUUUUUGACCCUUCAAGAUUGUUUUUCCCGGAGAAAAUUCGAAAGAAAGAAGUCGAUUCUAAAAGAUUUAAAGAACACAAUUGUGAGCCUUUCAGAAAGUAAUGUGGAGUUUUUUUAAGAAAGGCGUCCUAUUUGUCAAACAUUUUCUACAAAGCAGGGAUGAAGAGGGUGUGCUGUCCCAGGCUGUGGCAUUUGGAAUAGCGUUGGGUAAAAUCAUGCGAAGGGCUGAUUUUCCUCAUUCCAAAGAGAAAGUCUUUAUAAAUGAAGAUGUUGCGUGUGUGGCGCUUUUAUGUGUUUAUUUAAAGUAACUUAUUUCGAAAUUUUUUGUUUGUUUGUUUUUGUUUGUUUAUGUCCGUUUGUACGCUUAUUUAAAUGAAUGUUCUUUAAGAGGUGAGGCUGCACUAAAAGUAAGCAGCGAUCCGGCCCGAGAGCAGAAGAGCUGGAGAGCUGCAGGUUCAUGUACAGAAAUGGCCAUUCUUAGAUCGUGCUGUUAACGAUGUGAAAAAAAAGGAUUUAAACCUGAGUAUGUUUAUUACAGAUCCAUGUGUUUAGCGUUCUACAUAGCAGAAUAGUUUUAUAUUGGUCAGAUUAAUUUAUUGCCUUUUUUGUUUGAUUGUUUUUGUUUGUUUGUUUAUUUCAUCGAGUCGUGUACAAUGUGUAAACCCUGACAGUAAAAUUCACAUUUUAAAAGAAGUUUUACAAAUGUCA